AUGACAUCUACCCUCCCACCGAAAUCAAAGCCCCUCCCUCGCGGGGUUUACCCGCCAGUUAUUUCGCUGUUCAAGUCGAACCCGCGACAAGAAAUCGACCUAGACGCUUCCUAUAAGUUCUUUUGCCAUCUGAUUCGAGGUGGAGUUGAUGGCCUUGUACUCGCCGGUACCAACGCAGAGGCUGUUCUGCUUUCUCCCGAGGAACGCAAAGAUUUAGUCAAGGUCGCAAAAAAGGCUGCUUCCGAUCUCGGUCGCCCUGAAUUGGCAGUAAUUGCUGGCAUCAGCGGACAGUCUACAAAUGAAUCGAUUCGUCUUGCAGAAGAUGCAUUGAGUGCGGGCGCCGACUUCGGCUUAUUACUCCCACCGAAUUACUGGGCCAAGGCUGUUACCAAAGAUGUAAUUCUCAGCUUCUAUCACGAUGUCGCAGACGCAACUGAUCUACCGAUCGUGAUUUAUAGCUUUCCCGCGAUGUGCAAUGGCAUUGACAUGAAUUCUGACACGUUAUCCGAGCUUGCGCAACAUCCUAAUAUUGUCGGUGUCAAGCUGACAUGUGGAAAUGCCGGGAAAGUGACAAGACUGACACAGGAAUACAACCAUGAUCAGUUUGCCGUUUAUGCUGGUUCCUCAGACUGGUUAAUUCCUUGCUUGGCAGGUGGAGGCAGUGGAUGCGUCACUGGAAUUGCGAAUAUCUUCCCGAAAUCCGUGGCUAAGAUUUACGCUCUGUGGAAUGCUGGGCACAUUCAAGAAACCAAGGAGCUACAGGGGUUGGUGGCUCAGGCGGAGAAGGCAUGCAAGGAAGGGAUCGCGCCCACCAAAUAUGCGGCCUUCCAUUUUGCAGGAUCGGCUGCUGGGUUAAAUGAUCCCAAAGCCUUUUGGCCGAGGAAGCCAUACACCCCGUGUGGAAGUGAGAAGGCUGCGUGGGUGGAAAAGGUGAUGCAGCACUUGGUGCAAAUAGAGCAGAACCUACCUGAUGCUGUGUAA